AUGUCCCAAGACCAGAAGUCACUCAUCAACUCAGAUUCUCAAGGAGCUAGCGUUCGCUUGGAUCGGCUCGAGGAGGUAUUAAUGCGCCUGAAAGCCCAGCUUACUGCAGUUAGCACUAACGGCCCGCGGCGAACACCAAACCUUCGCCGUACUUCCUCCGUUUCCCACACCCGCCGUCCACAAUCUCCAAGUAACGUCUGCUGGUAUCACCAACAAUUUGGGGGAGCAACUCGACGAUGUCUUCAGCCAUGCUCUUUUAAGGCAUCUCUAACGGCCUCAGGGAGACGAUCCCACCCGACAGUAGAGGCCACUGCUGCUGGAAGCGUUGCCAAUCUUCACACUCGCCGUCUGUUUCUCUGGGACCGCAUCGCUGGCGCCAAAUUCCUUGUCGACUCUGGUGCCGAGGUUAGCGUGGUUCCACCAACUCCGACCGAACGCAAACACCGCAGCUCUUUUUGUCCAACAGCUGCCAACAACUCCAGCAUCUCCACCUUUGGACAGCGCUCCAUCACACUCGAUUUGGGCCUUCGUCGGAUUUUCCGAUGGGUUUUCAUUAUUGCCGACGUUUCCGUCGCCCUCAUAGGCGCCGAUUUCCUAGCUCACUUCAAUCUACUAGUUGAUUUGAAGAAUCGCCGACUCGUUGACUGCAUCACCAACCUUCAUGCCCGUUGUCAAUCCGAUGUGAACUCCUGCGUCAGCCCUCUUACUAUUAUGCCCAUUUCUGACUGUCCUUUCCACUCACUCCUCAGGCAGUUUCCCCGCCUGACCAACCCCUCAUUUCGAGAAGUGGACAUCAAGCACACAGUCCCCCACCAUAUUUCCACCACCGGACCUCCCAAAUCUGGCCGACCACUUCGUCUUGCUCCGGACCGUUUGAAGAUUGCCAAGGCAGAGUUUGAACACAUGCUCGAGCUCGGCAUCAUCCGACAGUCCGACAGCUGCUGGGCAUCACCCCUCCAUCCUGUCCUAAAGAAGAGCGGCGACUGGCGACCGUGUGGUGACUAUCGGGCGUUAAACUCAGUGACUGUCUCCGAUCAGUAUCCCGUCCCGCACAUCCUAGACUUCACUCUUUCGCUAAAUGGUCAGCGAAUAUUCUCUAAGAUCGACCUUGUGCGUGCCUACCACCAAAUCCCGAUCGAGGCCAGUGAUGUUCUGAAAACUGCAGUGACCACUCCCUUUGGGUUAUUCGAAUUCACUCGUAUGCCCUUUGGUCUGAGGAACGCCACUCAAACCUUUCAGCGAUUCAUUGAUCAGGUUCUGCGAGGUCUCGACUUCGUCUACGCCUACAUUGAUGAUUUGCUAGUGGCUAGUUCCGACGCUGCUGAACGCGAGAUUCAUCUUCGACAGCUCAUCGGACGGCUCGACUCCUACGGCGUUAUCAACACUGUAUAUUCCCGAUCGAAAACCGACAAGGCAACGAGCUCGUCGCCCGGUGAGUAGAGGCGUUGACUUCUAAACCAACAGGUCGCGAGUUCGAGGCUCGGGUGUUCCACACUUCGGGCUUGGGUAUGGCUGGCUGACAUAGUUCCGACGCUGCUGAACACGAGAUUCAUCUUCGACAGCUCAUCGGACGGCUCGACUCCUACGGCGUUAUCAUCAAUGCCGUCAAAUGUGAGUUAGGAGUCCCCAGUUUAGCUUUCUUGGGUCAUGUAGUAGAUUCUGAGGGAAUCAAGCUUGUCCCUGAUAAGGUUUCGGUCCUAUCAACGUUCCCCGUCCCGACAACCAUCAACCAACUACGCCGAUUCUUGGGAAUAGUGAACUAUUAUCACCGUUUUCUUCCCCAUGGUGCCACCAUUCUGCAUCAACUCAACAGACAUUUGACCCACUCCAAGAAGACACUGGUGAUGACCGGGGAGGCCGUCAAGUCCUUCAAUGACGUCAAGGCCGCACUUGUGAGCGCAACACUACUAGGCCAACUAACUCUCAUGACAGAUGCUUCCAGCAUUGCCGUUGGUGCAUCACUGCAGCAAACUGUUGGUGGUAUUCUACAGCCUCUGGCUUUCUUCUCGAAGAAGCUAAGCCCAACAGAGACCCGCUACAGUGUUUUCGGUCGAGAACUGCUCGCCGUCUACCUAUCCAUCCGGCACUUUCGCCAUUUCCUCGAGGGUCGUGAAUUUGUUGUUCUAACAGACCACAAGCCACUCGUUUUUGCACUGAGGGCCUCUCCCAACCGAUACUCGCCCCGUGAAAUUCGUCAUCUAAAUUUCAUCUCACAGUUUUCCUGCGACAUCCAACAUGUCCAUGGUAAGGAAAAUGUGGUUGCUGAUGCUCUUUUAAGAAUCGUGAUGGCUUCCAUCACAACAGAGGCCGUAGAAUUCACACUCAUGGCUGAGGCUCAACGAUCGGAUGACGAGCUCUCCCAAUACCGCCACGAGAACUCUUCUUUAAGCCUUCAAGAGGUCCCCCUUCCCACUGGUACAGGCACCAUCACGUGUGACCUUUCUACCGGACACGAACGUCCUUUUGUUCCAGCAACUUUACGACGACGAGUGUUCAACGCUCUUCACAAUCUAUCCCACCCUGGAGUCCGGGCGACAGUGAAACUCAUCACUGACCGAUUCGUCUGGCCCAACAUCAACCGGGAUGUACGGCGUUGGACCCGAUCCUGUUUGUCAUGUCAGCGAGCCAAAACGCAUCGGCAUACUAUUACUCCGCCAGGAACUUUCGCCACUCCUGAUGCACGCUUCAGUCAUGUGCAAAUUGACCUGGUAGGUGCGCUGCCACCAUCUAACGAUUCUACCUAUACGCUGACAUGCAUUGAUCGCUUUACUCGGUGGCCGGUUGCUGCGCCCAUUCCGGACAUCAAUGCCGAAACCGUUGCGAAAGCUUUCUUGACUCAUUGGGUGUCCAAUUUUGGAGUUCCUGCCACUGUCACCACUGACCGCGGAUCCCAAUUCGAGUCCACGCUGUUUCGCGAACUCACAUCCCUUCUCGGUACCAACCGAAUCCGAACAACAGCGUACCACCCUCAAGCAAAUGGUCUCGUCUAA